UGGAUUUUAUAAAAUAUACUUGUUUUCGUGUUACGCGCCGGCGAUUUUAAUAUUUAAAACAAUCUUUUAUUAAAUAUUAAUUUAUUUAUUUUAAGUUAGGAACAGAUAGCAAAUACAAAAGGUAGUGCUUAGUAGAAGAUCACGAAUGGAGGAAUUGGAGGCAUCAUUAGCAUUGAAUUUCAACGUUUCAGGAGACCCAAACAGUUCAUUGUCCACAGUCCAUCCAAGGUUGUCAGUCUACAAAAAUUAUGCCCGACAUGAUCCCGAGAGAAGUCAAGAGAAGAGGAGGAAAGAGAUAAUGAAGACGAUGAAAGAAAAAAGAUCCAAUGUGGUGGAAAGGUUGAGAAAUUUGACCAGUGAUGGUUUUGGGGAAGAUGAGGUCGUUGGGUGCCACGCUGACCUAGACUUUCCUCCCACCGUAGUUGCCCCUCCCGUCCACAUCUCGGGUGACCUUGAAAAAGAUAAGGUCGUCAGUGGUCGCAAUGUUGCCGCUGCUGCCAAGAGACUCAAGGACCAAUUGAUGUUGUCAGAAUGGAUGAUAGAUGUGCCAGAGGACUUUGAGGACGAUUGGUACAUGCUGAAGUGCCCUGUCGGGAAGAGGUGUCUUGUAGUGGCUUCUCAGGGCACAACAAAAGUCUUUCGUCGAAAUGGUCAUUUGCUAAUCGAGUUCCAGUCAAAUCUCUGCGGUGGGUCCAGGGCCGAUCUUAAUAGGAAACACAACGCGAUACUGGACUGUGUCUUCAGCAACAUGAAGCAGUUCUAUGUAUUGGACAUGAUGGUCAUCAACAACAUGCAACUCUAUAAUGUUGAUACUGAAUGCAGAUGGUUCAUAAUGGAAUCUAAAUUUAGGGAGGAGUUACACGAGGCCACCGUCCAAUCAAACUUCAAUCCCUACCCAUUCGUGCUCUGUGAUAGGACAUACAGUUGCCGGAAGGAAGUGCUGGAACAGCUGAUGGCCGUUGAGAGCGAGGAGUAUGAUCUGGAUGGGUUGUUGUUCUACCACAAGAAGGCUGACUACCUCAUAGGUACCACUCCCUUCCAACUCUGGCUCGUUGCAUGCAUGCUACCUGAUUUUCUGGGCGUCAAGGUGGCAGACUCGUACAUACGCAAGAAGCCACUGUGGUACAAAAGCAAGCUGCAGCACGUAAAACGCGUCGAGAACAACAAGACGAGAGUCUACAGGACGUGCGAUCGUCUGACUUCUGCUAUGGGAGCUGCUCGUAUUGCAGAUGCCAGCGCUGGUGACAACAGCAACAACAACGAUAAUAAUAAUAAUAAUAAUAAUAAUAAUAAUGAUGAUGAUGAUAAUAAUAAUAAUAAUGAUAAUAAUGAUAUCAACAUGAAUUAAAAUUAUUGGUAGCAGUGAUCAAUAAGUUAAUUUUUUUAAUUUAUUUUACGGAAUAAAUGCUUUAUCAUUUCUGUUUUUGCACUGAUUCAUUCAGCCAAUCAUUCAUGUAUUCGUUCGUUCAUUCAAUUCUGCAGCUAUAUUCUAGUUUUUUUUUCAUUUUAACUUCUCUUAAGAUUUUAGUUAUUUAUAAAAUUUGAUAGAUAGAUAGAUAGAUAGAUAGAUAGAUAGAUAGAUAGAUAGAUAGAUAGAUAGAUAGAUAGAUAGAUAGAUAGAUAGAUAGAUAGAUAGAUAGAUAGAUAGAUUUGUUUCUUGGAUGGAAUAGAAGGUAGGUGUCGUUGCAAUUCAUUUUAUUUCAUUUCGAUGUGUUCAUGUUUAUAAACAAUAAACAAAUC